GUACAACUACGAGUGGAAUUUUGUUUUAAAUUCAACUUUGAAUCGACUCAAAUUUUUUGGUGCUGAUUUCGGUGUGACGUGUGUGUGAGUUUAAGUGUCGUGUUGAGUGGCUCUGUGUGUGUUUCAGUGUGUUUGGUGUUUGGAAUUUGAUUUUCGAUUUUUGUGGCCAGCAGCAGAAAACGAAAACCCCGAAAUUCAAAUUCAAAUUCAAAAAGGCCUGGAAAGAGGUCGGAAAAGAGUCAAACGAGCAGCAUGAUGCCUCGUGCGGCCACUCCGGAAUCCAAGAGUCCGUCGACGCCGACCGGGCCGAUGCCGGCGUCGGCUGCCCGUCCAAAAAUCGGAUUCUCCAUCGACUUCCUAGUGGGAACGGGCGGCGGCGGCAACAACAACAAGAGGAACAGUCCAAAGUCGUCGGCCGUCAGUGAGGCGACGGACAAGAAGAAAUCAGCGGCCGGCGGAGGCCAUCAAGAAGAUGCCAGAGAGUCGUCGCCGGUCCAUUCGGUCACGCCGGAUUCGAGCCGAUCGGCCAGUCCGACUGCCGAUCACUCCAGCAGCCGGAUCCGACGGCUGAGCGGCCAGCAGCAACAACAGCAGCCGGCCGUUAUCGGGCCUGGAUCGCCGCUCUUCCAGUCGUGGAAUCCGGCGUCAGUCAUUCCGGCCUCGUCCGGCCAUCACCCUCCACCUUAUCUCGACAUGGCCGCCUUGGCCAACCUCCGGCAGCUUUACGAGCAACAGCAACAACAACAGCAACAACAACAUCCGGGAUCGGGCCGGCACAAUUUCUUCCCACCUCAUCACCCGGGCUCGGCCUUUUCGCCGGCCAACUUCCCACCACCUCCGCAACCGCCUCCUGGACAAUCGGCCAUGGCCGGCAACAGUCACAGUCCAGUCGGAAUGAUCCGGCCGGAUCAGCAAUCCAGUCUGGCCGCCCAGCAGUGGUGGCUGCUGGCCCAGGCCCGUCAACAUCAGCAGCGACUCUUCGCCGCAGCUGCUGUCGCCUCCCACCGUUUCCCGCCAGGGCCGGCUGAUUUGGCCGGAUUCCUCCUGUCGCCGUUCCGCAAGCCGAAGCGCGUGCGGACGGCCUUCUCGCCCAGCCAACUGCUCAAGUUGGAACACGCGUUCGAAAAGAAUCACUACGUCGUCGGAGCCGAGCGCAAGCAGCUGGCCCAGUCGCUCAAUCUCACCGAAACUCAGGUCAAAGUUUGGUUCCAAAAUCGGAGGACAAAGCACAAAAGGGUCCAGCAGGACGGGGAAGACGGGCCGGAGGAUCAACCGCCGGAUGGCAAGAAUAAGAACAGAUCCAGCGGUGGCAGCGGAGGUGGUGGCGGAGGCGGUGGCGCUUCUUCUUCCGGUGGUGGGAGUAGCGGCCACAAGAGUCACCAGCAUCAGCAGAUGCAGAUGAUGGCCGGCCACAGCAUCGGCGAUGAGGAGGAUGACGACAGCGACAUGUCGUGCGACAUCGAGCUGGAGGAUUCCGACGAUCCGUCGAUGGAUCACCAGCAGCACCAGCAGCCGCACCUGCCUCGCCACCACCACCACCAUCAAGCCACUUGAACAACAACAACCACAACUUAUCCUCGUCCUGUCUGUAUAAAAAUGUUUUUAUUUUACUUUUUUAAUUUUUUAAAAACUUGAAACAUUUGGAAUCUGCUGAAGUCGGACUCUCAUCAUCUCCAUCAUUUUGUUCUAUGUUUUUUUUCAUUAUUAUUAUUAUUAUUAUUAUUUGGAAUUUUUGGUGGAUUAUUAUUAUAUAAGAAAUUACAAAUAAUCCGAGGGUUAUUUUUUCUUUUUAAAUGUAAAUGAUCAUUCUAUGCCAAUUAGUUUUUAUUUUUUCGUGACUGUGUGUGUGUUGUGUAAUUCAAAAUCCCCUUUUGUCCAAUCUAUCGAAAGCAGAAAAAUUGUUUGUUUCGGCAAGAAGAAAAGAAAUAGAGAAGUGACAUUCAAACAUUCGAAA